AUGCCUUGGGCUUUGAUAUUGGAGUUGAGGUUAAGGGCAAGGGGCAAAGAGAAUCGGAGAAAGGCUCUUGACAUGACAGGCAUUCACCAGCGUGGACCUUGGGGUGGUGACGAGUCGACUUCUCAGAGUUCGGUUGACACUGGGAAUGAUAACCACAGAAGCAUUCAUCCCUGGAAAUGGCUCAAAUGCUGGUUCCCUGGCAGUUUCUCGAAGGAACUCCGUAUAGAUCAGCCACACGAACUAUGGAGUAAAUCUAUCGCAAAGAACCCUCCAACGGUCGACUACCGCCUAGGAGCCGAGCAAAUUAUGGCCGAUAUGACAAAAAAGAUUUGGGUUUACGGGUUUUGUCUUGUCGAAAACGCUGAGCCGACUGCCGAGGCAACAAAGGCCUUCUUGGAGAAGAUCGGACCAAUCCGCAACACUCACUACGGAGGAUUCUAUGAUUUUAUCCCAGACCUUGCGCUAGCUGACACUGCUUACACAAACAUCGCUCUUCCAGCACACACCGACACAACCUACUUCAGCGAGCCCGCUGGCCUGCAGGCCUUUCACUGUCUUGCCCACGAAGCGCCUCCUGACCACAACCCAGACGAGCCAUUGGGUGGCAAGUCUCUUCUCGUUGAUGGCUUCAGCGCUGCUAGAGUGUUGAAGAAAGAAUCUCCGAAAUCGUAUGGUGUACUGCGAGAAGCUAAAAUUCCUUGGCAUGCCAGUGGAAACAAAGGAAUAUCUAUUGCGCCCGAUCGUACCUAUCCUGUUAUUGAAAUCGACAGUGAAUCUAAUAAGAUCCACCGCAUUCGUUGGAAUAAUGAUGAUCGCGGCGUUGUGCAUCUAUUUGAUGCAAAGCGCUGGUACAAGGCGGCUCGCAAGUGGAAUGAGAUCAUAAGUCGGGAAAGCGUUCAAUAUUGGUUCAAGUUGACGCCUGGCACCAUUGUCAUUUUCAACAACUGGCGAGUGAUGCAUGGACGAAGUGCUUUCAAGGGUAAUCGCCGUAUUUGCGGUGCAUAUAUACCCCGCGAUGACUUUGUCUCUCGUUAUCGAGAGACAAACUUCGAGCAUGAUCAAGUUAUUGGGCAGAACCUUAAUCGGUGUGCAGGUCAUGGGUCAAGUGUGCUUCGACGAGAGAAUCGUUACUCCCGUCACGGCACAACGCAAAUGACAAGCAAGGACAAGAAGGAUUCUCGACUUCCUGACCCCGAAUCCAAACCUGAAUCCGAUUCCGAUUCUUAA